AUGUCGUGCGAAGCUGAAAUGGACAUGUCUCCUCGUUCGGAGCACGAUUUCCCAACCCUCUGGAUCUAUCUCACCGUAAUUAUUGUGGGAGGUACGUACGUCCUGGCUGGCUGUCCAGUACCGACGAAACACUACACCACAAUUGGUUGUGAACCAAGCGACGAGCUUAACCUCCAGGGAUGCCCUCGUUGGUUCAACUGCUCGGCGCUGGAGCAUCGCGCUAGUGAUAAGUGUUAUCUGUACGGAAAAACGUACGAACUGCAUGCGAACGUACCGGACGAGAAGGUGAAAUCGUCCUGUUUGGCACUGUGUACAUGUCAAAUGAAUUCGCGACGAGGAGUAGCCGAAUUCCACUGUGCCCAUAUCGAUUGCCCAGAAUUCUUAUCACCGCAUCGGGCCGGCUGUGUGCGUCAGUACCGCACAAAUGAUUGCUGCUCGUCGAGACAAGCAUGCGGUGACAAACGGACGAACCUGCCAAAGUGUACGAUCGGCAGUGUGACCUACUACGAAGGGGAACGAAUGCAAUUCCCGAACGAUCCGUGUCUCACCUGCAUCUGCACAGAACACUUCAACGCGAGUGAUCCUCUGUCGCAGGCGAAGUGUUAUACGAACGAGUGUGCGUUUGAAUUAAUAUCGCCCUCGGUGUUGGGAAACGAUAGUGCACCGGUGUAUUACGGAACUCGCUGCUGCCCAUGGGAGUGGAGGCCGCCAAAAUCUGCGGAUCGUAUCAACAGAGCAACGGAUAUAAUGUCCAGCGAUUGGGAUGGGGUAACGAAUGAUCACAGAUGCACCUACGGCAACUUAACGUUACGCGUAGGUGAAUCAUUAGUUCCGGAUGUAACGUCUGUUGGCAUUUACGAAUGUUUCUGUGCCAUACCGCCAAUGGUGCACUGCAUCCUAACUAGUGUUGGGUAA